AGUCACUUGGCAGUGUUCGUUGAAGCGCGCAAAUCCCAUUGAGGAGGAAGCACAAUUCUCGUAUAAGAUAGAAUUUUGCGGAAAAGCGUCUUGAGAACAUUUUAUUAUAUUUGCAAUAGAGACGUAUUUCAGUUGUAGAGAGCUUGCAAAUAUUUCAUUGCAAGCUUCUCUCACCAAAGUGGAGGAAGUUCGCAUCACUUGAAUGCUCUAAAGGGGUUAAUAAUUCUCCCAAAGUGGGCACUCGAGUGUGUCAAUAUAAAUACACCCUCAAAGUGAAGUUAUAGGUAUUUAAUUCCGAUUGCAUAAUUGAGGAGGAAAUCACGAAAAUACCCUUCGGGAGCUUCUUGGAAAAUUCUGCAUUUUGGAGAGCUUUGGGCAUUCCCCAAUGAAAGCUGACUAAGAAGUUGGUAUUACAUUUAUUGUAAUUUAGAUAAAUUCCCAUUGCGGCGUUGGAGCCCGAAUUGACGACUCCUUCUGCUUGUGAGUGCUUGGUAUUGGUGGAAAGGACAAGAAAGGGUUAAGCUGACAGGAUGGAUCAGUGGUUAAAAGUAUCUCUUAUGCUGUGCACAUUUGGCUUCUUCCGCGAGUAUCGACCAUCUGAGCCAUUUGUGUUUGAAUUUAUGUCCGGACCAUGGAGGAAUAUUUCGGCAGAAGUGAUAAACCGUGAAAUUUAUCCCAUGGGAACGUACUUCUAUUUGGGCUUACUCGUGCUGGUCUUCCUUGUCACGGAUAUGCUGAGAUAUAAACCAAUUAUCGUUCUGUCAGCAAUUUCCGGCAUCUGCCUUUGGGCUAUUCUUCUGUGGACCUACACACUUCAGUGGCUCUAUGUGACACAGUUCUUUUAUGGAUUCUUUAUGGCCGCCGAAGUGGCCUAUUACACCUACAUCUAUGCCAAAGUCGACCGGCAUCGCUAUCAACAGGUUACAGGGCACACACGGUCAGCAAUCCUCACGGGACGCUUCCUGGCCGGCACAACGGCUCAACUGUUGGUUUCCUUUGAACUUAUGGAUUUCCGGGAUCUCAACUAUAUUUCCUUCGGAAGUCAAGUUGUGUCUUUGGGCAUAUCAAUUGUUCUCCCAUCGGUGGGCAUAAGUCUCUAUUUUUACGCGAGGAAAGCUCCCCCCAUUGAGAGUGUGGAGGUAGUUCCGAGUGCACCUGCUGCAGAGGAAAAGCCUGAGGAUCCACCACAGACGGACCUCCAUUCAUACACAAAUCACGCAGCAGAUCUUGACGAUGAGAAAGAGUCAAAUAUGGUUGUUAGGAGGCGUUUUGAGGAAUCAGAUGCUGCUGAUGCAGUGAAAUCAAAGACUGAUGGGGACGGGAAUACUCCGACAAAUGGCAGAGCCAUCACAGACAUCCCAAAUGCUGAUUCAUCAUCCAUUAAGGAGGAGAAAAUUCGCUUCUCAUGCCAGCGUGCGACUCUCCUCCUGUGGCAGCACUUUAUUGCCGGCUACAGCAAUCGAACUGUCUUCCAGUGGAGCUUGUGGUGGGCACUGGCCAUGUGUGGAUUCCUCCAGGUGCAGACGUACAUUCAGCCACUAUGGCAGCAGAUCGAUUAUGGGAGGGAAACAUUCUGGAAUGGAGCUGUGGAAGCCAUUUUGACGCUCCUAGGGGCACUAAGUGCCCUCUUAGCGGGCUCCCUGAAUGCUCGUUUGAUUGAAAAAUGGGAUCUGUGGAUUCUUACCAUAUGCUCACUCGUAGAGGGCGCUCUCAUUCUUGGAGCUGCCUUCACGCAAUACGUAAUGGUGGCCUAUGUCACCUACAUCCUCUUUGGGACUCUCUAUCACUUCAUGAUCACCAUUGCCAGCGCAACUGUGGCAAAGUACCUCGUGGAGGACAGUUUUGCACUAAUUUUCGGCAUUAACACGAUGUUUGCGCUUCUUUUUCAAACAAUUAUGACAAUCAUUGUAAUAUCCGAUGUGGGCUUUGCAUUGGAUCCACGAGGACAAUUCCAAGUCUUCGGGUGGUACUUUGUGUGCUUGGCAGCUAUUUUUGGAGCAACAGGAGUAGUGAAGAUUGUAAAUAGGAAAUGCCGUGGGGGGACAUUUCAAUUAGCUUCCAACUGAACACCAUCCCAGUCUGUGCUUCCAACGGUAAGAAAUUAAAAUAAAGUUGUACAAGAAGAAAUUUA